AUGAUUAAGCGCCUGACCGCCGACUUGAUUUCGCAAGCCCCGCAGUAUCUCAACCCCCUGCGCGAACGAGAAAUUGACCUCCGAGGGAACAAAAUUGCGGUCAUUGAGAACUUGGGUGCCACUCAGGACCAAUUUAACUCGAUCGAUCUGAGCGACAAUGAGAUCCAGAAGCUGGAGAACUUCCCUCUUCUUCCCAAGCUCAAGAUGCUUCUCCUCAGCAACAACCGCGUAGCCCGAAUCGCUCCGGGCCUGGGUGAACACAUUCCUAACAUCGACACUCUCAUUCUCAGCAACAACAAGAUAGAGAGCCUGAGCGAGCUUGAUAACCUGGAAAGCUUCAAGAAGCUCAAGAUGCUGAGCUUGUUGGGCAACCCCGUGACGCAAAAGCCUAACUACCGGCUGCACCUGAUCGCCAAGCUGCCAGGGCUCAAGGUGAUCGACUUCAGAAAGGUCAAGCCUCGGGAGAAGGCUGAGGCUCGUCAGGUGUUUGGUGUGGGGAAGAAGGGAGCACAGCCAAAAGAAAAGGCAGAGUCCAAGGUCUUUGUGCCAGGUGAGCCCACCGAGGCCGAGCUGCAGGCGCAGAAGGCCCAGCAGGCCGAACAGAUCAGGGCUGCCAUCCAGAACGCGACGACGCUUGAAGAGGUGCAGGCGCUCGAGCGCUCGCUGCAAGAUGGUAAGCUGCCGUCGUUGACGACAACGACGACCACGCAGACAACGGACAGCAUGGAGGAGGCUGCUUGA